ACUGGGGAGUUUUCCUUUUUGACAACUUUCUUUAUGUGUAUUUGAUUCGAAUUACGGAAGAACCAAACUCCUAAAGCUUGUUUAGUUUAGACAGACAAAAACCGUAUUUUUAUGGGAUCCAAGUCUCAGCAUGUGCUAUCUACUAAAUACUAAUAGUCUACAUGAUAUCUGCAUAUUCUUCUUGCCUUUCUCUUGCUCAGAAUUGAAAACGAGAAACUUGCUAAACUGUAUGGAAUAGAAUAAAUUCUGUAGACUUUUUUUUUUUUAAACCACCCAAGUCCCUCCCUAUAUGUACUGAAACAAAGACUCAGUCUUUUAGACUCUUUCUCAUUUACAAACAAAUCCCAUCUCACGUUUUGUCAAUGGAUGAAUUAUGGACAAAUCUCAGAAGAACCCAGGUAUUUAAUAUCAUCGGAUUACUUGGUGUCCUUGUUUUGUUGAACACAAAUGGAGUUGAGAGCGGAAAAAAAGCUCAUAAUUUGGAGUCCUUUCAGUAUCCGGCUAUAAGUUGCAGAGCUCACAGCGUUUCUUUAGAAGAUUUUGGUGGAGUUGGUGAUGGAACUACAUCAAACACCAGGGCUUUUAAGGCUGCAAUAGAUCAUUUGAGCCAGUUCGCAACGGAUGGCGGGUCUCAACUCUAUAUUCCUCCUGGAAAAUGGUUGACCGGAAGCUUCAAUAUCUCCACCAGCCAUUUUACUUUGUAUCUUCACAAAGACGCCGUUCUUCUUGCUUCUCAGGAUGAGAGUGAAUGGCCUAUUAUUGAACCUUUACCAUCAUAUGGUCGAGGAAGGGAUAAUGCCGAAGGUGGAAGGUAUAGCAGCCUGAUUUUUGGAACCAACCUUACUGAUAUUGUCAUAACAGGGGACAAUGGAACUAUUGAUGGUCAGGGUGAGCCCUGGUGGACCAAAUUCCGGGCAAAAGAGCUAAACUAUACCCGGCCUUACCUCAUUGAAAUCUUGUACUCAGAGAAGCUUCAGAUAUCCGGUCUCACUUUGAUCAAUUCUCCAUCUUGGAAUAUUCAUCCUACUUAUUGCAGCAAUGUCAUUGUUCAAGGGAUAACAAUCCUAGCACCAGUGACAUCCCCGAACACUGAUGGCAUCAAUCCAGAUUCUUGCACAAAUACCCGAAUUGAGGAUUGUUACAUUGUCUCCGGAGAUGAUUGUGUAGCAGUUAAAAGUGGUUGGGAUGAGUAUGGAAUUUCAUUUGGGAUGCCAACCAAGCAGCUUGUUAUUAGAAGACUGACAUGCAUUUCUCCGACCAGUGCAGUGAUUGCACUGGGUAGUGAGAUGUCCGGCGGGAUCGAAGAUGUCAGGGCAGAAGACAUUACCGCCAUUGAUUCUGAAUCUGGGGUUCGGAUCAAAACUUCUAUAGGAAGAGGAGGCUUUGUGAAAAAGGUAUACGUCCGAAGGAUGACUCUGAAAACCAUGAAAUGGGUAUUUUGGAUGACAGGCAAUUAUGGUAAUCAUCCUGAUAAUAACUAUGAUCCUAAAGCACUUCCUGUGAUACAAAAUAUCAAUUACCGCGACAUAGUUGCUGAGAAUGUAACAAUGGCUGCUAGAUUGGAGGGAAUUCCUGGAGAUACCUUUUCUGAUAUAUGCAUAUCUAAUGUGACCAUUGGACUAACAGAGAAGCCGAAGGAACUACAGUGGAACUGUACAGAUAUUGCAGGAAUUUGGAGUGAUGUGACUCCUAAACCAUGUGACUUGUUGCUGGAUCAAGGACCAGAGAAGAUCAAACAAUGUAAAUUUCCAGAAAAUAGUUUGCCUAUUGAUAACAUAAAAAUCCGUACUUGUUGUAACAAGAACUUUUAAUACAGAUUGAUCUGUGCGCAUAGGGAAACUUCUACA